GUUAACUAGAAAAUAUUUGCAUCAAUGGCCUAAAAUUACGUGGGCGAAACUAAACGAUUUAGUUAGCCAGACACUACCCAAAUCAAAUCAAAUGGAAUAUUGGAAAUCGACUUCUAAGCAGCUGCAUUUCGAAGUGUUUGGCAAAUGCGGCUUUGAGGACGGGACUCUAGUUGAAAUCUCGGGGCCAAGCAAUAGCGGUAAGAGUCUUGUGAUGCAGAAGCUAAUAGCGCACUGCUUGGCUCCCUACAAGUACGGAGGCAGGCAAUGGAGCGUCGCAUUAAUCAGUCUCAGCCACAAAGUUAAUACGGAGUCAUUGGAAGAAGCCGUCAGAGUAGAGCUGCGGGAUUGGACUGGAUCUGGAUUGGAGGAUGUACCCACUGAGGCCGAACAGGCGGAGAUAUCGAAGGAAUGUGCCCGUAAAGUUAAGUUCAUUAAUUGCUUCUCAACCGAAGACGUGAUAAACAGCCUCAGACAAGCUAAGUGGUCCCAUGUGGCAGGCCAGAAUAUCGAACUGAUUGCCUUGGAUACUCUGAGUAUUACAAGCAGUGGCAGACAAGACUAGGACAGGCCUGCAAGGAUGCUUUUGUUUGCGG